AAAGCGGCGUGUCUGCGUGGAGAAGCGACCUAUGAGAGUGCGGAGAGUCCGGAGCCGGUUGAAUCUUAUGUUCCUUUUAAGCUGAACUUUGCUUUGGUAUUCCUUGCUGGGUCCAGGAACUCAUACUGAAGCGAUGUACACAAUCAAGGGUCCGAACGGAGGUCUCUUGAAAACCCGUCUCAUGGGAAUCAACGGGAACAAGAACACCUCGUUCGAUGUUUCUGCGAAGAGCAUUUCUCCACCAAAUGAGAAAACCGGUGCUGAUUCGGUGAAUAAAAGCCCCUGCCACGACGGAUUACCCAUCGGUCCGAGACCCGUCUUCCUCCCUCCGAAAAAUGGCGCGAAUUCACAUCGGCGGAAGCCUCGGCCGGAUAAAACUCCAGAUCAGGAGGUCUGUCGAGUCCAGCCCGACGCCGAAGUAGUGUCAUUCUUCGCCAUGACGUGGAAUUCUCUCCAGACCAGUCCUGAGACUGAGAAGAAGAGCACUUCCAAGUCGAAUGACAUCGUCUAUUACCGUCCCCACAACGCCGUUAAGGUGCCAGAAUUUACUCCGUGCAACUACGAGCGAGUGUGGGCUGAUCAUCAUUAUCACAAAAUUAUCCGCCAUGUCAUACAGAAUCAGACGCCUUGAAAAACAGCCGAGGGAUUCAGCAUGGAAUAUCAGGAGAACAUAUGCAAUGGAGGGCAAAAUCGGGAGAAAUUGCUGAAAUCAUCAUUGUUCAUUUCGGCCGAAUCGAAGCAGGAUGCAUGCCAAAUUACAAGUCUCCGCUCGGACAAGAUUAUUUCCUACAUUUUUUUUCUCGCAGUUCGCAAGAUUCUAACGAAGCUUAUAGCGACAUGCCAAGUAACUUACGACCAGAGGUGAUUUAUCGAAGGGAUUCGACUCGACGAUUAGAUAAAUUCAAGCAACAGCAUUGACUUGAUUCGGUCAGAAAUCCGCCAUGUAAAAUAUCGCUGCAGCUCCGUAUGGAGGGAGGUCACGGGGUUGGAUAGAGGAUAAAGAGCACUGUAAUUGUGUGAAUAUGGUCGUUGCUGCUCGACGAACGACGACUGUAGGAAAACGGCAGGACAAAACCUCGAACCCGCUUACAAACAGGUCGCACAAUUUCCCUUGACUCACCGAAUCGUUGGGUGUAAAUCGUGUUCAGUAUUUUUGCUUCCGGGUUUCCGAGGAGAACUCCAGUGAACUUGUGAUGAUUCGAGAGUAGGAAGAUCAACUCGUGACGGGUCACGAACUACUUACCCUUAUCUUGGGAAGAGCGCCCAUUCAGUUCUCAUACCUAUCUGUAAUGUCAGCUCGGUGCGAGAAGCCCCGAGACAGAAAAAACUAAGCUCCGGCGAACUCCGCUCCAAUUCUGUCGGGAGAGGAGAAACUGCUCGCUCGCAAGGAAAGUUCGACCAUGAAAACGUUUCUAGAGGAGAAAUAUUUUGUAGAAAGUAGAGUUCUAUAGUUUGCACACGGCGCGCUUUAGAGUUUAGUGUUGGUUGCGAUGUAGAGGCACUAUCUUAGAUUCGUAGUCGAAAUCUCCCCUCAUCAUCUUGUCCACCCCUCCCCCUAGUCAAGUACAGUGCUAAUCGCUCUCGACCAAGUGACACGAAUCCGAGAUGCGAUACUCAGUGAAAUUAUACGAUGCAGAGUUCUUCCUAUUGAGCGAUUUCAUUGCUCGUUCUCGUUGAUGCAAAAUAGCUAGAGGUUGUAACAGUUAGAGUUUCACUGGGGACCCUUGAGACAUCGACAAGGGGGAGUGUGCCAUUCGGAUGGCAUUUUGGAGCCCUCCAACAGAAGUGCCUUGCUUAUCUUCAGUUCAGGAAGAUGGUUUUGGUAAGAAUGAUGAUGGUCGAGAGGAGCUAAAACCCAACGCCGACGACGAUGCACGACAAACUGGACCGUAAAUCGUAUUGUUAGUUCACGGCCAGGGCUCUCAGGAGGGGAAUAAAGAUCAGCGUCUUCUCAGUUCUGUAGACGUCUCUGCUUAGUCGGCUUUCCGUCAAUCGGUCAUUUGCGAGAUGCUCUUUCUCGGUCGCGAUUCAUCAGAAUACCGAUCGCAGGCGGGGA